GGGAUCAUGUGUUUGAUGAGGAGCAGCAGGAGGAGCAUGAUCAGUGCAGACGGUUCGCUCAGACGGUUCAGCGGGUCCGGUCAGGGGUUCAGCUCUACCAGCAGGUUCUGUUUCUCCGCGGCACCGGCAUGAUGAACUUCAUCACUCAGCUCAACUGCAUCGCCGACGAACUGGACAAGACGGUGAAGAAAACGCGCAUCGCGGGCAUCACGGGCGGCACCACGGGGGCCAUCGGAACGGCGGCUAUACUAGCGGGCAUCGCUCUGGCGCCCAUGACCCUCGGAGCCUCGCUGGCCGUGGCGGGGAUCGGCGUCGGUGUGGCGGCGGCCGGAGGCGUCACCGGAGCGUCAGCAGCCAUCAGCAAGAAAGUCAGAAAGACUCAGGACCGGAGGAAGGUGGAGAAGAUCCUCCGGAACUAUCAGAGCCAGAUGGAGGACGUGGAGGAGUGCCUGAAGUUCAUCAUCAGCGGCAUGGAGCACCUGAGGAGGCCGGAGCUCGCGUCGCUCGCAUCGCUCGCGGUCGACGCUGACGCAAGAGACGUGCUGAUGCUGGCGGAGCGGCUCGGAAACUCUGACGUCCUCGACGCGCUGAGUGAAAACAGUCGCGUCGUGCAGGCGUUCGCAGCGGAUCUGGAUUCGUACUUCACUAAAGACGACGCGCAGAGGCUGAAGAGAGGCUCGGAGAGCGUGUUCGCCGCUAAGAUCCGAGAGGUGGCUCUGAAACUCAAAGAGAACAUCGACCAGCUCAUACGCAUCAAAAACAUGCUCUGCUGA